GUUUGAUACACCGAUACCACGUUUUAAAACACAACCGUUCUCGUUAUUUUAAAAUUAAAGCUUAUCGUUAUAAAUAUGCAAAGAUAUAUUUGCGUUUUUUUGGAGGUCAAAUUUAAUUUAUAAACUGCUAAGAUCGUAGCUCGCGUUAUUGGUGAAAGUGGCGAACACGAGCAAUCAGGCAGCGGCGCGAAACGAACGCGAGCUGUCUGGUUUGGAGGGGCUUGACGUGGCGGAAGAAACUGACAUCAUUGCGCGCCGCCGGUGCACGUAUUCAUGUUACUCGUGUCGAUUGUGCUCACUGCGAAAACAAUGUUUGUAAAGUGACAGUAACUAUUUAUAAUGUAGAUUAUCGGACAAAUAAUAACAACGGCCUUAACUGAAUUGCCGAGUCGCAUGUUUUCACCACGUGAUAUAAGGACACUUGGAUUAAAUUAUUACAAGAUCGUAUAAAUCAAAAUAUGCUACAUUGUCGCGGAAGACGCGGCAGAUAGAAUGGCGAGCGAUGGAACGUCGAGCUGCGGCGUGGAGCCGACGAGCUUGGAGUACAUGGAGGAUCCUUACUUCGUGCCCCCCGACGACGACUCUACGCCUAGCUUCGAUGUGGCCGUGGACGAGCUGGAUGAACUAGACGAAUUGCCUAACUGGCCAGCUGGUGGCGUUGCUGACCCUGACGCAGACUGGCGCAUGCUGCCUGACCUUGCCGACUCCGCUCUAUGUAUUGAAACGGAGUUCUACGUAGACAAUCGCCGCCGUCGCCUAAGAAUAUUUCGAAAAAAAAUGCGCGAAGUUCGAGUUACUUUCCAAGACUUAUCAAAGCCGUAUCUUGCCAAGAUGUCCAGUCACACCAAUUACAAGAAGUUCUUAGGUAUCGCUGGAGCUGAAGAAGCAAUGGUCGGGUCGGGAGCGGGCGGCGACGCUCACACCCCCGACGAGCUGGCGGGCCUGACGCCCGAGCAGGCGGAGCAGCUCCGCGCCGAGUGGAGCCGAGAGCUCGCCAGGGUCGAAGACGAGAUCGCUACGCUGCGCACCGUGUUGCAAAGCAAGAUCCGCCAAAGCUCCGAAUUAAAACGAAAACUUGGCAUAACCGUGUGGAAGGAGAUUACUGAAGAUGUUAAUCAGGGUUUAAAAAAUGUAAAAGAAAGCCAAGUCUAUCAAACUAUAGAAACUCGCGUGGCUGCGCUUACACAGGCUGUGACAGAAGCACCAAUAUACCAAAAAACUGAAUCUGUGAUAAAAUCGACUGCUGAGAAGACGACUUCGAUUCUUGGCGGUAUUACUGCAGGAGUAUCGACCAAAAUUGGCCAAAUGCGAAACUCUGAGUCGUUCCGCUCCAUCGAAGAACGUGUUGGCACGGCGUACGAAAAUGUUAAGGGCAAAGUUUCGUCCCGGUCGAACUCGACGCAGAGCUUCGACGAGGCGCUGCGCGACGCCAGCCGCGCGGCCAGCGGCGCCACGUCGCCCACCAUCCCCGAGAACAAGCCUCUGCCCUAAUCCCGCCGCGCGCCCACCCGCCACACAAGUACACCCGGGACCGACCCGCAACGGCACUAACUCAUUCAUAUGAGGAAUAUUGCAUUUGUAAUGCACCCUUAUUUGAUAUACAACACCAUUUUAUACGUGCUAUUAGAUAGUAUUUAAAUUGUGUACUUAUAUUUAAAACUAUUGUAUCGCCCCUCUUGUGUCGGGCGGUGAUACCGUAAGUGUUUGAAGAUGUAUGUUGAUAAAUAAUGAUUCACUAUCUUUUAGUUGGGAGAUUUGAUUUAAGAGAGCUAUCGAGAAGGUUACUAGUGUGAAGAACUUGCAAUUUUGAUUUCGCAAAAAGCAAAACCUAAAAAAAUGCAAUUAGUUUUACAUCGUCGUAAUGUAAUAGAAGAUGGUUGAUAAUUUAUAUACAGUAUAUAGCAACGUGUACAACGCGAAUGUUGUAUGUCGUGUGCACGUUUAUUUGUAAACUGCGGCGUGGUGGAGUCCAUUAUUCCCCUAUUUAAGAGACUGCUGGUCAAAUGCUUCAUAUUAUUAUGUCUUAUUCGUUUUGUCGUGUUUUCUGUCAUUGCAUUCCAAACAAUCACUGAAUAUUAUAUUAUACAUGGUUAUAAAACUAUUUUACACUUGAUUUUAUAAGAAGACGUUGUGUACACGCGAUUGGUAAGCGCCGCGCUUACGCGUUACAAUAAAACGGGUCUAACACUCAAAUAUUCCCGUUCGCUUCCUAUAAGCGUGAAUUUAAAAUCACCCAAAAAAUGUGUAUCUUUAUGCUUAACUCAGUGUUAUUCAUGUAAAAGCUAAAUGUUGAGAUGUUCAUGUUAUACACGUUUAAACACAUUUUGUAAAUCCUUGUUACUUGUAUAACAGUUGUAAGACACCUUACUUGCCGAUGCCUGUUGAAGGUCCAUUAUUACUAUAAAAAUAAUAUUUUUGUAAGAUGCUUAGCUUUCCUUACUUAAAAAAUCAACUAUUUACAAUACCUCUAAAGACGGUAAAUAAAAUUUAUGUAUUGA